UACACAUUGUGUUUCUCACUGUUUUCUUCGCUGAGCUCCACCCUCACCGUUAUUGGCAGUGAAGCGAAAAGAAAAAAAGAUGAAAGAAAACAUGUAAAAUAAUCGGAAAAUUAAACAAAAUCAGUUAAACUCAUUAACCAUUCAUCACAUACACACACCUAACCAUCACCGCAACACCAUAAACAUGGAUCACAAUGAAAUAUCUAUGUGCAUGGACGUCAAAUUGGAUACACAUGACAAGCGCGCCAUUGCACUGCGCUACAAAACAUGGACCAGAUGUCUUGUCAAGAUAGAGGCCAUUAAAUGUGUGCCCUGUUUCUUGCGCCUCAGCUUCCAGAGCCUGCCCGACGAUGAGCCCCAGCAGCAGCAACAGAAGCUGUUGACCGUCUCGGUGAAUGUGCCUGGCGUGAGCAUCAGUAUGGCCACCUCGCGCACCAAGCAGCAUUCGUAUGGGCUCUUCUGGACGCAGAAUCGUCGUGAUUGCUUCAUCUAUUUUGCUUUAGAAACGGAGACGGCCUGCCGCAGACACAUGAAAUGGAUUAAAAAGUCCAUCAAGAAUCUGGAGCUAUAUAGACAGGUCUUCCUGGAGCAGCGCAGACUGAGUCGCGACACCAGCGCCCAGAGAGCACUUGGCCCGCUGCCAAACGUGCCGGAAUCCUUCUGCUUCGAUCUGGAUGCGAGUAGUUUCUCAUUUUCUGCACGCGUCUCGCAGAUCUAUGAGGAAAUCUUCGAUGGCAGUCGCAUUUCGCGUGCAUCCAUUGCUUCGGGCAUCUAUGAGGAAAUGAAUUUGGCAUCCGGAGCAGUUGUGGAGACGCCGCCUGUAUUGCCACCGCUGCCGGCGCAUCGGAAACGCAUUAACACAUUCGAGCUGCAGCCGGGGGAGAUACCGCGCUCCAGCACCAAUCCAGAGUCGGAGCUGGCCAAGAAGAAGAAGUACAAGAACAUGCUGGACAACUUCUUCGGGCAGAAGCGUCGCUCGGGCAGCGCCAGCGUCGGUGAGAUGGAGCCGGCCAGCAGGGAUCAGGUAGAGGAGCAACAGCAGCAGCAGGAGCGAGAACAGCAGGCGCUGGCCCUCUAUGAGAAUGCGCCCACACCGGAGGCAGCGCUGCCCACUGGCAAACGUAUAUCGGGAAAUAUGAGAAAUGCCCAUCGCAACAGCUUCUCCAGUCCAGAUCUGUCCAAGCUCAACUUUUUGGACACCUUUGGCGAGGCAUUGUCCAGCGACGAGCUGAACAUCAGCCUGGAGGAUUCGGCCAUAGAGCACGAGUCGCGUCAAGUUCUCCUGGCCCAAAUCGUGGCCGGCCAGCUAAGCCGUGCCGACUCGCUGGCCAGCCUGAAUGUGUCCGAGCAGCUGCCUCAGAACUUCAAUUUUUCUGCCUGCAAUACGUCCACCAUUAAUCUGAUUGGCGCCAAUGGCGCCGUAUCGCAUGGCAAGCGCAAUAAGAACGUGCUGGUGGAGGAGCUCAAUGGCUACUGCGUGAUGGCGCCAAUUAAACAAAAGUUGGCAGGCAGCAGCGGAGCAGCACAGCUGGAGAAGAAACCCAGCGGCAGCACAGCAUCCACCACGUCUGGCUAUUCGACAGGUUCCUAUAGUUCAUCCACCAGCAGCUGCAACACGGAUCAGGAGCAGGUGGCUAAGGCCACCAACGUUGCAGCUGCGCCCGCUCACAAUGAGAGCGAUAUUUAUGAAUCGAUGCAUGUCACCUCGCUCAAUAGCAACAGCAACAGCAACAGUGUCCUGGCCGAGCAUCUGUAUGAGAAUCUGCUGGCCGUGAAGGCAUCCCAGGAGCUGGAGCAGCAGCCGCCGCUCAAUCUUGGCUUUGGCCUGAGCACCAGCACGCCCACCGAAUCGCCGUUGGUGCCAGCGCUGCCACCGAAGCUACAACAGACGCCCACCACAGCGGAGCAGCGCGAGGCGGAGGAGGAGGACUACUACCAAACGCCGCGCAAGUCCAUCAUCAGCGUGGACGACAAGAUACCCUCGUACUAUCCCAAUAGCUGCGAUACGCUCAAGUCGAAGCGACGUAGUCCCAGCAGCGCCGAAACAGCGCCAAGUGUGCGUCAUUUGGUCAGCGCCAAGGUGCGGCGGGAGCGCAAAGAGAAUCUCUAUAUAUCAUCGCCCCAACAAAUUAUCGAACAAAGGCACAAAUCAAGCACUGCAUCACCAUCAGCCACAUCCACAAGCACAUCCACAUCCACAUCAUCAUCAGCGUCGAGCAAGACUAAAACGUUAAACAAAAAGACUGCCGCCCACAAAAUCUCCGAGGGUGUCUAUGCCGUCACCCAUGCAACAAAGCGACAAAGUAUUAGUCAUAAUAAUAACAAUAACAACAAUAAUGUCAAUGACCUGCAGGGCGAGGAGGAGCUGCUGCAGCUGGUCAUGCUGCAGAAUAUUGAUUUCAAAUUUGACGACGGCCAAGCGGCCGAACCAAGCAGCAAAUCCAAGUCCAAAAACAAAUCGAAAUCGAGUCAAUUGGAGGAAGAAUACGAGCACUGCUAUCAGGCAGCUGAGCGUGCCACACGCAUGCUACAAAAAUACGCAACACUCGCCAAGUUCGGCAACUCACCCACCAAGCAGCAGCAGCAGCAGCAGCUAAAGGUCGCCAUGACACAAUCUCAGUCAGCUAGCAACUCGCCCAAAGAGCAGCUGCAACAGCAACAGCAGCAGCAGCAACAGUUGCCACAGUCAACCAGCAACACAAUGAAAAAGUUUGCCUCAUUGCCGCGCUUUAAGAAAAUCGACUUUUCACCGCUGAAGCUGCGAUUCAACAAUGUGCUGCAGCGCAAUGCAACAGCAGCAGCAGCUCCAGCAUCGCCUCAGUAAUCAAUUUGAUGAGCAUCGUAAUUGUUAUUAAUAAUGUCAUUGUUGUUGUUAAUGUAAGUAGCAUUAAGUUCGAGUAUGUUUAAUUCGCAUGUGAUUUUUGUUUU